AUGGCCAAACAGUAUGAUGUGCUGUUCAGACUGCUUCUUCUGGGAGAUUCCGGGGUUGGGAAAACCUGUUUGUUGUGCAGGUUCACGGACAAUGAAUAUCACCCGUCUCAUAUUUCCACAAUAGGGGUUGAUUUCAAAAUGAAGACGUUAGAAAUGGAUGGAAUCAAAGUGAGGAUACAGAUAUGGGACACAGCAGGACAGGAGCGGUACCAGACUAUCACUAAACAGUACUACAGACGAGCACAGGGCAUCUUCCUGGUGUAUGAUAUCACCAGUGAGCUUUCCUUUCAGCAUAUCAUGAAGUGGGUCACUGAUGUUGAUGAGUACGCUCCAGACAAGGUGCAGAAGAUCCUUAUUGGGAACAAGUGUGACGAGGACCAGAAGAGACAGGUAGCGCUGGAGCAGGGAGACAAGCUUGCCAAGGCAUACGGAAUGGACUUCUUUGAGACUAGUGCCUUUACCAACCACAACAUCAGGGAGUCCUUCUUUCGCCUGACGGAGCUGGUACUGCAAGCCAAUCGCAAAGAGCUGGACAUCCUGCGCGUGUCGCUCAACAACGAGCUCAAUAUCGCCGCCCUGGAGGAAGAGGAAAGCGGUGAAUGCGAUGCCAGUGGAACCUCCCAGAAAGCCUGCUGGUGUUAGGGUGGGAGAGAUGGCCACUUCCCCGGUGACUGCCGGCAGAGUAAAAUCCUCAGUGUUAAUUCAGCUCUGAUAGAGUUUACAUGAGGCCAAAAGGGAUUAGAUGUACUCUAUUGCAGUAAAAUGUACUCUUGAAAGAGUAAAAUGUACUCUUUCAGAGUUGAUUUAAUGCUGAACAUUUUACUGUCAAAAUGACUCUUGAAUCAUUUUCCUCAUGGACAAACUUUCCUCAUGGGUUAUGUUUUCAGUCUGCGCAAAAGCAUCAGGUUUUAAAAAAAAAAUUCAAAAAUUUAUUUUGUGUCGUAUUUUGGUCAUCCAUUCUUGGCAACCAAACGUUUUUAUCAUUAGACGAUAUAGUGUUUCUUUGACAGUGUGGCUUAACCAGUAGAGGGCACUGUUCCAUUCUUCAUUCUCUGUAUCCCAUUUCCCUGAAUAAAGGAGUGUGGUUGUGAGCUA